GGAAGGGACCUUCAGAGGUAUCUUUUCCAGCUGCCUGACCACUUCAGGGCUGAGCAGAAGUUUAAGCGUGUUGUUGAGGGCACUGUCUACACACCUCUUGACCACUGACAGCUGUGGGGCAUCAUCCAACUCUCUAAGAAGCCUGAGCGGGGUUUGACCACCCUAACGGUAAAGUUUUUCUUAAUGACCAGUCCAAGCCUCCCGUCGCACAGCUGUGGGUGCUUUCAUACUGAAGUGCAAAGCGAGAGCUCUCAAAGCAGCAGGUAAAUAGUUAAACCUCAGCCAGCACGGGCCCGCACAAAGGUUUCAGAGGAACAAAUGUGAUGUGCGAUCUUGCUUCCUUCUGUCACUAACUGCCGUACAGGGUGGCUCAAAAACAGCCCUCCAUCAACGCACGCUCGGUGCGCAGGCUGGGAAUCAGCUCACAAAAACGUCACAACACUGCACAACGCCGGCGAUGGCUCUAAGACUUGCACACUAGCGCAGUACCGCAGGCACGGGGCCCGGCACUCCGAGGAGCGCGGCCUCCUCCGCGCCGGCAGGGGGCGGCUCCGCGGCGGGCAGGGCAGGGCCGGGCCGUGCUGGGGGAGCGGAAGGCGGCCAUGGCCGUGCUGCUGGAGACCACGCUGGGCGACCUGGUGAUCGACCUCUACACGGAGGAGCGGCCCCGCGCUUGCCUGAAUUUUCUGAAGCUCUGCAAAAUCAAGUACUACAACUACUGUCUUAUUUAUAAUGUUCAGAGAGACUUUAUCAUACAGACAGGUGACCCCAUGGGAACCGGCCGCGGAGGUGAAUCUAUAUUUUGUAAACUGUAUGGUGAUCAAGCUAGAUUUUUUGAGGCAGAAAAAGUGCCAAGAAUUAAGCACAAGAAAAAGGGAACAGUGUCAAUGGUGAACAAUGGCAGCGAUCUGCAUGGAUCACAGUUUCUUAUUACAACAGGGGAAAACCUGGAUUAUCUUGAUGGUGUGCAUACGGUAUUUGGAGAAGUGACUGAAGGCAUGGAUGUAUUGAAGACGAUUAAUGAAACCUUUGUGGAUAAGGAUUUUAUCCCGUAUCAAGAUAUCAGGAUAAAUCAUACAGUAAUCCUAGAUGAUCCAUUUGAUGAUCCACCUGGCUUGCCUAUUCCUGAUCGCUCACCAGAGCCUACUAAGGAACAGCUAGAUAGCGGAAGAAUAGGAGCAGAUGAAGAAAUUGAUGACAUGAAAGGACGGUCUGCAGAUGAAAUAGAAGAAGUUCAGGCAGAAAAAGAAGCAAAAACACGUGCCAUUCUUCUGGAAAUGGUGGGAGACUUACCAGAUGCAGAAGUCAAGCCACCAGAAAAUGUGCUGUUUGUUUGUAAGCUGAAUCCCGUGACUACAGACGAAGACCUAGAGAUAAUAUUUUCCCGAUUUGGUCCAAUUAAAAGCUGUGAAGUGAUUCGAGACUGGAAGACUGGUGAAUCUCUUUGUUAUGCUUUCAUUGAGUUUGAAAAGGAGGAAGACUGUGAGAAAGCCUAUUUCAAAAUGGACAAUGUGCUGAUAGAUGACAGACGGAUACAUGUGGAUUUUAGCCAGUCUGUUGCAAAGAUUAAGUGGAAAGGAAAAGGUGGGCAGUAUACCAAGGAUGAUUUCAAAGAGUAUGAAAAGGAACGUGACAAACCUUCAAAAUUUGCUCUAAAAGAGAAGGUGAAACCGAAGCAGGAUGCCAAGUAUGACCUUUUGCUAGAUGAGGAAGAAGAAGAAUCUCAAACAAGUCAGUCACACUUGGCUAAAAAACAAAAGAAGAAAAAGCACUACCACUCUGAAGACGAAGAGGAUGACAAGAGGACUAAAAAAUACAAGGAUUCUGAUCGAAAACAUGAAGGAGAACGCUCUAGAGAGAAGAUGAAGAGUGAGAAGAAAGACAGGCAUCGGAGUCGCAGCCGAUCUCAAGAGAGAAGUUACAGCAAACAUAAGGACAAAUACAGAGAAGAUGUCCGAAUAAAGGACUGGGAUAAAAAGAGAGACAGAAGCAGAAGUCCUAAGAAAUCAAAAGACAAGGAGAGGUCCAAGUACAGAUGAUGGAGGAGCAGGAGAGAUGAGGGAACUAAAAUAGUGUUUUCUUCCUGCAUUUACAGCAUGCUGUCAUAUGACCGUGGAAAUUCAAAGCAGCUACAUUCUGUCAACUGUUUGGCCUUACGAUUCUUUGAAUUCCCAGUGUAUGACUUGGAGUAGGGCUUGAUUCCCAAAAGCUUUUUUUAAUAAAAUGUCUAACAUUAUUGGAAUGAUUUGAGUCUCCAAUAAGGAAUGUUGUCUAAAGCUUUUUGGAAAUGUAAACAUGUGCUAUCAAGUGAAUUGCCCACUGAAGCGAUUGCAGGACAUGCUUCCUUUCUGCAAGGAGAAUGCAUUUGUCUUUCAGCACUCUCAGAUGCUAUGGUAAAGGCAUGUGAUAGAAGACCUGGGAGUCAAAAAUGUUAUGUGCACACUCCCUCUAAAAAGUGAUCUGAUACCAUUUGCACAUGAGUGCUUGGAGCUCUAUUUCCUUCUUUUAAAAUGAAGAGCUGCAGAUUGCCUUAGUCCUGACAGCUCUCAUUUGCUGAGAACUGUGCAACAGUGAUUAAAGGCACUGAAGUGCUGCACUAAUGCUUGCAAAGGUGAUGGAAGUGCUGCGCUGUACUAAAUCAUUUGCACUAACUUGUUCAGUUGUUACGUAGAUUACCUGGCUGUGUGGCAUUGUUGAAGCAUGCCUCUCAAAACUUAAGAUUCACUUAGCACAGCUGCAGACACUGUUGAAGGUCUUGAGCUCUGUAGUGUCCGGACGUUGAGCUGUUGUGAUGUCAGGCAAGUCUUGCUGAGGGGAUAAGAAAGAAGAAAGUGCUCAUCGACAGGAAGGCAGAAUUUGUAGCUUGCGUAACUUGUAUUGCACUUGCCAAAGCCAAGAUGGGAUUCAUUUUCAGGUCUGGUGGCAGAAGUGGGUCAGUUAAUAAAUCUUCAUCUACAAAGGAAUGCAGGUAAUGUUAUCAGAGUCUGGGUCUUACUGAAAGCCAUCGGGCUCUUAAAUGUCUAGUUUGCUCUGAAAUGUAAGACCUGGACGUUAAAACAGUGUUACUCAGUUUGCAUACAUUUUAAGAAUGUGCAUGCCCGUUCUUUCUCUCCAGAGAAACAUCUUCUUGUGCUGAUAAGAGGGAAAGAGCAGCUAGGGGUGAGGCAUUCAUUAUUUCUUCCUCCAUGAAUUGUGUGAUGACUCGGAGGAGUCUGGUCUGGUGAAUAAAUUUAACUUUUGUGGU